AUGAGGGCAGCCCUCGCGCCAAACGUGCGCCUGCGCUGCCAUCUGCUGGUCCAGCGUAUUCCUGACAUGCAGCCAGGUGUGACUCAGGUACACAGCCGCAUGAGGAGACGUUCUCAGCGCCAGAUAAAACAGCCAACUCCUCUUGAGAAACAUGAAAUCGUAUUCCAAAACUUACGGCGCUCUAAGGACGACACCGCAGGUAAGGCAGCACCUGGGAACGUGCCCUGGGUCUCGUGCCAACGCCAGCACGUGACAAAGGCCGCCUGGGAGAAAGAGCGCGUCCGCCAACGAGAGCGAGCCGGCAGCGGACGCCCAGCAGCAGCGUUGGGAGGAGACGGCAGUGGAGCCACAUCUUCAAACUACACUUACGCUUCUGUGCAGUGGGCAACCGGAAACCAUUACUGUCUAGAUGCAGCGAGGUGCUCACAGGCCACACCUUCGCAUUUCCUCUACCGAUACUUUCAUCAGUCUGUGGUGAAGCCCUCUUCCACCCUCAACUCCUAUUUGAGCAGUGUCAGACUCCGAAUCCUCUGCAGAACAAGGCUUCUUAAGAUCACCCGUCCACCUCUCCUCUCUUCAGUGAGCACGUACCCUCACCGUUUUCAGGUAUCAUUACACUCUGCUCAAUUUGUAAGUCAGCACAUUUGUGACAACUUGCUAGCUAGCCACAGAAAGCUGGUGUUGCUAAAGAGAAACAGGGAGAUCUCUGCUAUAUCUAGUGAUGUCGUGGCGAUGAUCAGGGAGUCGAGUUCAGUGGGUGCACGCCUACGGGAUUCUCUUGCUCCUGCAGCGAUGUACCUGCAUCGAGCAGUGGAAUUUGUUGUCCGAAAGAGAGCUUUGAAGACAGGGGUGGUCGCCUUCCUCACACUGCUGUCACUGAUCACGGUGUCAGCGACCAUUGGUCUUCUGGCUCACUUCUUAAUCUGGGGCCAGAAAAUGGAACACUACCGUGGCUCCUUUAAACUUUCAGAUAUUCAAGUCAAUAGCAAUUCCGGACGCAGGCAUUCACACCAAUUGAAGGACUUACAGGAGAUGAGCGAAAAUGUGGUGGAUGAGAUAUUCGUAGAUUCAGCCUUGAACAAGCACUAUAUCAAGAACAACGUAGUCAGACGGACUGCAGAGGGAGAUGUUGCGGAAGCCGAUGUCAUGGCGUUCCAGUUCCCCGCUACUGAACCAAGAGCCGAGAGAGAGAGCAAAACCCACGCUGUCUUAAAUCAGAAGAUAAGGAAUAAAAGAGCCUUCCCAAUAAAUGUCUCCGCAGUUCAAGCGAAUGCAAUGAGCUCAUCCACAGGGGAGCUAACUGUCCAUGCAUGUUGUGGCAAACGAGCUGUCCCUCUAAUUGUGAACAGAAUAGUGUCUGGGAGCCUUGCGGUCAGGGGGGCCUGGCCCUGGCAAGCUUCCCUUCAGCGCAGUAACAUCCACCAGUGUGGGGGCACCUUGAUUGGCAACAUGUGGCUAGUCACCGCGGCACAUUGUUUUAAAAGCAAUGCGAACCCACGCCAGUGGAAGGUCAGCUUCGGAACAACCAUCAGCCCCCCCCUAAUGGAAAGGGACGUGAAGAGGAUCGUCCUGCACGCGCGGUACCGGCCCCCGGCCCGGGCGCACGACAUCGCCGUGGUGCAGUUCGCGCCCAGGGUCGCCUUCUCCGACGACGUCCGCCGCAUUUGCCUGCCCGCGGCCGCCGCGCCGUUCCCGUGGAACUCCACCGUGUACAUCACGGGCUUCGGGGCGCUCUAUUACGGCGGGGAAUCCCAAAAUAACCUUAGAGAAGCAAGAGUGCAGAUCAUCAGCAAUGACAUUUGCAAACAGCCGCAGGUGUAUGGCAAUGACAUUCAGCCUGGGAUGUUCUGUGCUGGAUAUCUGGAAGGGAUUUAUGAUGCCUGCAGGGGUGAUUCUGGGGGACCGCUGGUUGUAAAAGAUAAUAAAGAUACCUGGUAUCUCAUUGGAAUUGUGAGCUGGGGUUAUAACUGUGGUCAAAAGAACAAACCUGGAGUCUACACAGAUGUAACUUAUUAUCGACGCUGGAUUGCUUCCAAAACAGGCCUCUAA